AUGGACCUGCAACUGUCCGAGUUAAUCGGUGCCCAGUAUGCUUUUCACGGCCUGGUGGUUGGAGGAGUGCUGUUAUUUGCCCUUCUCGUUUAUGUCUUCGGUUUUAAAUCAGCAGUGGAACCACCUUUUGAUAAAUUAACAAAUCCACACGAAGAUAGAAAAGCAAAUGGAAAAAAAAAGAAACCAAAGGAAAAGAAGACUCAAUCAAAUGGUCAUAUUGCCUCUCUUGGAGAAUCCAAGAAAGAUGUUAAAGCACCUCUGAAAAAAGAUGUUGAAAAGUCUCCUGUGAAAGAAAAAUCAAAACCUGAGAAGAAAACAGCGUUGAAAGAAAAUAGAGAUGCGAAACCUGCUCCACCCACACCAUCUGACUCUAAAAAAAAAGGGAAAGGGAAGGAAAAUGUUGAAGUAAAAAACAAAAAGAAUAAACAAGCAGAUGAGAAGCCUAAAGAUUUUGAUGAUGGUGAAUGGGAACAGGCACCAUCCAGGAAGGAUAAAAAGAAAAAAACCACUGCUGAUGAAACUUCCCCUUCAAAGUCAGAUAAAAAAAAAGAAAUAAAGAGGAAGAAGGAGGAUAUUAAAGAGGUAGAUGAGGUUGUCACACCAACAAUUGAAGAACCUAUAAAGACAAUCGUAGAGCCAGUUGAAGUUGAAGAUAUUGUUACUCCGAAACCUGAAACCACAGUUGAUUCUGAUGCAGAACAAACAGAGCCAAAGGAACAAAGGAAGAAGAAUCGAAAGAAAAAAACUGGAUCCUCUAUUAAUGAAACUUCUGAACCAGUGAUUGAGGAAGCUCCAAAACCAGUUGCUCCUCCAGUACCACAGGGUAAGCCGAAGAAGGAAACUGUGGUCGAGCCAGUUACUGUACCACAACCUGAAAAAGUUGAAUCACCAGUCAUUGAAUCUACUGUUGUCUUUGAUGAACUUGGAGAUACUUGGAAAGAAGCUCGUGCUCCAAAGAAGGGUGGUAAAAAGAAAUCAAGAAAAGAAUAA